AUGCCCGUGUUGAGAAGAUACCGGGUUUUCGUGGUCGGCGCCGUCAUCCUGCUCAUCCUCCUCUUUCGCGUGGCCGAAAACUCACAAUGGGAGCUAGAGGCUGCCAAUGCGGCCGUGUACGACAGUGCGCACAAGGGGACCAAGAAUUCGAGGCCGACAUAUGAAAAGCCAGUGGCACCGGCCAAGGCUCAUGACGAUCAGGGUCCGGAUGCUGCGCCGCGCCGGCAAAAGAUCGACAUCCCACAGCUCAAGGGCGACCCGACCAGGUCUAAGAUCCCUGCUGCCACGCGCCAGGCCGCUGGCGGCGCCGAUAUUCCAAAAGACACACACGAACCUUCCACCACUCCCAAACCUGUCGGCAUCAACAUGCCCGACAGGGAUCCAGACCAGCGACCCCUCGCCCACGACAGGUUCCCGCCGGCAAAUAAGCAAGGCAGCAGCUCAGCCACUGCCACGACAAGCAAAUUGCACUGGGUGAAGAAGGCGCAGGAGGACUAUCCCAUCCCCGAGGACCAGAUCAUUCCACUGCCCACUGGCAAGCCCAAGGCGAUUCCCACGAUCCAGCACAGGUUCGGCAAAGAAACAGCCGCCGCCAAGAAGAAGCGCGAGGCUCGCUUGGCUCAAAUCAAGAAGGAGACCAAGCGUGCCUGGAAUAGCUAUAAAAAAUACGCUUGGGGCCAUGAUGAGGUUGAGCCGAUCUCGCUCGAGCCCCGCGACCCCUUCUGUGGCUGGGCCGCUACCCUGGUUGACAGCCUGGAUACGCUGUGGAUAAUGGGCCUGAAGGAUGAGUUCGAAGACGCAUACAAGGCGUUGGACGACAUUGACUUUACCACUACGGAACGCUCCGAAAUUCCCGUGUUUGAGACCAUUAUUCGCUACAUGGGAGGCCUGCUGGCGGCCUACGACAUAAGCGGCGGCAAGGAAGGCAAACACCCCAAGCUACUCACCAAGGUUGAGGAGCUAGCCGAGGUCCUGAUGAGCAUUUUCGACACGCCAAACAGGAUGCCGAUUCUGUACUAUCGGUGGCAACCCCAGUACGCCGACCAGCGGCUGCGGGCCUCGAACAUGGUCAGCGUCGCUGAGCUCGGCUCCAUGUCGAUGGAAUUUACUCGCCUGGCCCAGUUGACCGGCAACAACCGCUACUACGACGCCAUUGCGCGCAUCACGGACGCAUUUGACGAGUGGCAGAAGCGUGGCACCGCCCUGGACGGCAUAUUCCCCCAGCAGAUUGAUGCCUCGGGAUGUAACCGCACUGUGGAACCCGUCACGUCUAGCGCUGAGGAGUCCGAGCUGGGCACUCCGGCUAUAGGACCACCUGAGGCACCCAGGGGAAAUGCACUGGUGGAGGAAAAUGAACUGCGCAAGCUACGCGCGCGGGCGGUCACCAAGGGUCGUUCCGGUACGGCUUCUAGUGCUGCCGAUUCGGCCACUUCUGACAAUGGCAAGGAUACAGAAAUCCCUAGUAUUCCCAAGCCGAGGGCGAAUACCUAUAAUCGGGAUUCCACUGACAACGGAUUUCGGGGCACUCCGCCUCCAGAUGGUUGUCGUCCGCAGGGCUUGGUCGAAAGCUCGUCUGGUUGGGGAUCGUACAGCAUGGGAGGCAGUCAAGACUCGGCUUACGAGUACUUCCCCAAGCAGUAUAUCCUCCUCGGCGGAUUGGUGGAGCAGUACAAGAAACUGCACGAGAACGCCGUCGCCGCCAUCAAGAAGCACCUUCUCUACCGCCCAAUGACCAAACAGGAGGACCGGUCUCUGCUGUUCUCUGCGGCCGUUAAUGCCCGAGGAUACGGAAAGGACAUGUCGCUCACGUACCAGUACGAGGUGACGCAUUUGACAUGCUUCUUGGGCGGCAUGUUCGCGAUGGGCGGCAAAAUCUUCCAGUCAGAGGAGGACGUAGCCAUUGGGGCGCAGCUCGCCGACGGCUGCGUCUGGGCGUACGAGUCGACUGCUUCAGGCAUCAUGCCCGAGAACUCACAUGUCGUGCCGUGCCAGAGCGUCGAGAAGUGUCCCUGGAACGAGACGUUAUGGUACGAGCACCUGGACCCGAACUCUGAUUGGCGCAACGACCAGGUCGCAGAUUACAAGGUCAAGAAGAAGGAAUGGGACCAGAUGGUCGCCGAUACUGAGAAGAAGAUCAAGAACAAAGCCGACGCCGACUGGGAGGCCAAGAAGGCCCGUGUUGCCGGGAAGCCAUUGUCUACUCCGGGCUCAAAGACCGGCAAGUCAGACGUGGGCGGUGGAUCCAAAAUGCCGUCGCCGGGAUUCAGCGUUCUUGACGGGGCUGGACCUGGUGUCAAGCCCGGUGCGAAGAGAUCUCUUGAUGAUACCGAGCGGGUCGCCUCAGCCAAACGUUCGAUCACGUACGACACCGAGUCAAAAGGUAGCGCCAAAGAUGGCGAAAUGGAAGCACACAAGAGAAAGCGCUCGGUUGAUGAUACGGAAACGGGCAGCUGGAGUGCCAACAAGGCAAACGCGCGUAGGUAUGGCAGGGCACACGAGCCGAAUCCAGCGAUGGCCGGCGCCGAGGAUGCGAUUGGCGGCUUGAGGGGCAGCAUCAGUCUGUCCGAGGCCUUGUCGCCCGACUCGCCGACCUACAACCCACUCUGGGACCUGCCCCCGGAGCCAUCCAAGCCGCAGAGCCACAAGGAGUUUGUGGAGGAGAAGAUUGAGGGGGGGAGGAUACCGCCUGGAUUUGUUGACAUUAUAGACAACCGGUAUAUUCUUCGGUAA